AUGGAACAAGUCAAUAUUGAUUAUUAUUUUGAGAAUAAAAAAUGGGAUGAUAAGUUUAUAAAAUUCUUAACAUUUCCAACUGGUAAUAAAAUCAAGAAUAUUGGUAAAAAUGAUAACCCCAAACAAGACAAUUUGAUAUUCGUUUUAAAUCAAAUCAAAGAUACCAGAAUUUUGGAAUUGUAUAAUGUUACCAUGGAAUUGAAGAACAUUCAUCUACCAGAAUAUAAUAGCAAAAAACAUAAAAUUAACUUUACUCUGGAUACCAAGAAUGCAAUUAAAGCCAAACAAAAAAAGAAAAUCACUGAAUUGUUAUCUUUAAAAGAGAAACUUAUUGAAUCCUUAGAGAACCAGAUCCGUGUCCUAAUUAGACUCAUGGAAAGAGACGAUACAAUGACAUGGUUAGUGUAUCCUUUGUAUAAUGUAUCGAAACUAUUAUACAGUUUUAUUGAGUCAGAGAAUUAUCCUGUCUUUGAGGUCGUAUCAGAUUCAAAACAAAAUAAUCUAAUGGAACGGUGUAUUAGAAAUAUACACAAAUGCCUGACCAUGUGUCUCAACGAUAGAAACCCAAAUGACAUUGAAAAUAAACGUUGUGGAAUAUUAUAUUUUAUUAAUUUGGAAUUCAAAAUCUAUAAACAAUUACAUAACAAAGAUAUGAUUAAAAAUCUAAUCAAAGUAUAUGAAAGUAGAGGGCGUUUGAACAACGGUAACAGUAACAACACUCCUGGUAUGCUUGUUCAAGAUAAUGUAAAAUAUCCAAUUGGAAAAUCUCAAAUAGUCCAAUUCCAUUACUACAUGGGGUUAUAUUAUGGAUAUUAUUCGAACGAUCAUAUGAAGAGCAUCAAACACCUUGAUAUAGCAUUAUCUGAAUGUUCAAUAAGGUACAAAUCUCAGAUCAAGUCGAUAUUAAAAUUACUAAUACCUCUAAAACUGUUAGUGCAGGGGUUAUUAAUAAGACAAGACUAUAUCAAAAGAUUUGAUAUAUCUGGUGUGCCAACAUACUAUCAUAACUUAAUCAAAUUAAUCACAACAGGCCAAGCCAAGCAAUAUCUAAGCAGUGUCAACGAUCUAGAAGUACAAACAGUAUUACUUAAAGAUGAAACUUAUAUCAUAUGGCAACUGCUAUUACAUCGAGUACAAAUUAAUCAUAUUAGGUAUCAGUGGAAUAGACUAGGUCAAAAGAGUAUACUGCCCUUAUCUGAGAUAACAGAAGUUGGUGAAUGCCAAAUCUCCAACCUAAUCUUCCUAGGCCAUAUUAGAGGCUACAUAUCACACUCACAUCAAUGCCUAGUAUUAUCGAAAACGUCCCCAUUUCCAUCAAAACAGUCGUCUCUUUGA